AUGAAUUUCUUAUUUGGCAUAAGCUCUCUGUUCUUUCUUUUCUUCAUUCGCGACACUAGCUCAUUCACCGUUGGUGGAAGAGCAGGGCACAGUGCCGCAUUAUACGAAAAGAAGAUUUACUUUCAAGGUGGAAAGAGCUACAAUGCUUCAUCUAGCAAAGAUUUCUUUUACCUUGACACCUCCAAGAGCUUUGAUAUCACCAACCCAUCGUCCGUCCCCUGGGUGAAUCUCCUCAUUCCAAAUCAACCUUCCCGGUCAUAUGCUUCUUCGUGCGUAGCUGGAAAAGGCGUUUAUGUCUUUGGAGAUUCUGAUGGCACUCUACCUGCUGUGGUUCAAUUCGAUCUCGUCGAUCAAUCAUGGAAAACGCCGACUGUUAAUGAACUGGCGACAUACAAUUCUAGCGGUCUCGCACAUCAACAAUGUCUAACAUCAGGUGAUGGAACUAUUUACAUGAUUAACGAUUAUGUUAGAAAUGUGAUUACCUUCGAUACUGUGAAUUUAAAUUGGAGGGAGGACACAUUUUCGAAAACACCAAAUGUUCAACUCAGAAAUAAUGUUAUACUAUCGGACGGAACCAUUCUUUUUUCGGGUGGGGAGUUUGACAGUAAUAGAAAUGCCUAUGUCCUAUAUAAGUCGAUUUGGACGUAUAGUACGAAGAGUAAAAGGUGGAAUAUGGUUAACACCACAAACGAUGCAACAUACUUUUGCACACCCACCGCUUCGACAUUACUUCCCGAUGGUCGCGUCAUAAUAUUCGGGUGCUUUCAAUCAGACAUUCCUUCUGGAAUAGUGGUAAUUGAUACUCGGAAUAACUACGAGUUUUUCGUUCCAACCGUCUCAAAUCAAGGGCCACCCUCCACGUUAAUGGAUUUCACUGCUACGUCAACCGGAAAAUACAUUUUGAUGGCAUUCGGUAAAGAUAGUAAUACCAAUGAAUAUUCAUCAAACAUUUAUCUCUUGGACAUAAGUCAAAGAAGCAAUUUUGUUUGGACAACCUAUUUCGACUCGGAAAUAGGUAGCAAUACAAACGGAGUUCCUACCAUGCUUAUCAUCUGGAUUGCCAUCGGAAUUGCCAUCAUCGUAAUAUUUAUCAUAAUCUGCUAUUCGAUAAUUAAACGUCGAGGCUGUCCACAUAUCGCAGAUAACGUAAACCUGAAUAACCUGGGACCAGGUCUUCCGACCUUGUAUAAUAUAGUACGCGCAAUCAUAAAUGAAGACCCAAGAGCUGAAGCUUGGCCUGGCAACAUUGGCUUACCACAUGAACUUGACGUAUCUUUGCUCUAUUUUAUUAGGUGUCGUCUUUGUAACAGAGAAGUGACCAAUACAAAUCACCUGAUAAGAUCUGCACGUGAUAUUAUGCUAGGAGUUCACCACAUGUUUGUAGAAAUUGAACCUCAUGAACACGAACAUCCCGAUGAUAACGAUAAUGUCAAUAUUGGGCAGUGUCCGAAUUGUCAGGCAAUAAAUAAAUUACCCGUAAACUUUCCCUGGCCUUGUGUGUUUUGUCCUUUAUGUGGAACCGAUUAUCACUGGGAGAAUCGACGUAUUAUCAAUAGGCGAAAUAAUCAUCUUCAAG